GCGGAACAAAGCGGCAGCGCCGCGUCGGGCUCCGCGCCCCGGGCUCCGCGUCCGGCCCGGCCCGGCAGCGGCGCGGCCGCCGCGGGCGACGAAAGGCCGAGGGGGCGGGAGACGAGGAAUAAUCCCGGACAGUGCCGGUGCUGUCGCAGCAUCCCUUUUGUUAUUUAUCGCGACCGGGGAAGAGGAGGAGGAAAAGCGGGGGAGACGGCACUUUUUCCCCUGUAAAACCGACUGGGCGCAACCGCCGGCGCGCUGCAUCCCGCUGCCCCGAAUAAACGGGCGGAGGAGGACUUUGAUGGGGGAAACGCUUUUUCCUCCCCUGAUGCAUCGUAAGUAACUUGUUAUUCAUACUCCACAAACAAACACGGCGAUAACAUCUCCCAUCUCUGGAGCGCUGGAGGCCGCGGCGAGGGAUGAGAUCUGCCUUUCCCCAUCCGAGCAGGACACUUUUCCGCUCGUAAUUCAUUUGAUUUGAUUUUGAUUUUUUAAUUUUUCCAUGCUCCGCUCCCGGAGGGUCAUUUGAACUGUAAAGGAAUCGCCGAGGGGGCGAGGGGACCUGGAGAGAGAGGCUGUCCAAACGACUCCACCGAGGCUCCUCCGCCCCCUCCAAGAUGAUGCUUAGCCCGGACCAAGCCGCCGACUCCGACCACCCCUCCUCGGCGCCCUCUGACCCGGAGUCCCUGGGCGGCGCGGACGCCCAGGCUCUCAGCUGCUGCGUGUCCGACCCGGAGCCCGCCGAGGGCGGCGGCGGCGAGGGCCGGGGCGGCGGCGGGGGCGGCGGCGGGGAGGGCCGGGUCGGGGGCCGGCCGGGGCUGCACCCGCCGCCACUGAGCCGGGAGGAGAAGCGGCGGCGGCGCCGCGCCACGGCCAAGUACCGCUCGGCCCAUGCCACGCGUGAGCGGAUCCGCGUGGAGGCCUUCAACCUGGCCUUCGCCGAGCUGCGCAAGCUGCUGCCCACCCUGCCCCCCGACAAGAAGCUCUCCAAGAUCGAGAUCCUGCGCCUCGCCAUCUGCUACAUCUCCUAUCUCAACCACGUGCUGGACGUGUAGCGCCGGGCGGGCGCCCGGAGCCCCGGGACACACCCCGCCCGCCGCCCCGGGUCCGGCCGCGGCGGGCAGCGCCUUCCCCGGGGCGGGCGGUGGGGCAGGGGGGUCCCCGCUGCCUGCCCUCCCUCCCCGGGGGGGCUCCCGCCCGGCCGAGAGCCCGCUUUUCGAAGAGAAGUGUACAACCGGAUUGUUUCUUCAGGCUGUCAAGUGCCCCUUUAUAUAUAUCCAAAAACAUCUACUUGUGACCUUAAACGUGUGACCCAUGGGUGCAGUUAAAAAUAACUAUUUUUUAUUUAUGGUAGAAGGAGUUGACAAUUUAUUUUUUUCAAGAUUUAUUUAUUUUUCAGAGUGGUGGCAAUUUUACUUUGGAUACUUCGUGCCAAUUGGUUUCUAUAGUCGGGUGUUUACACUUUCUCCUGUGGAUUAUUAUGUUUGACUUUAUGAGUGUUUGUUGGGAUCGAUACAGUGGUCAUUUUGUUUUCUUUUUAAUUUAUUUUUUUCCCUCCAGUUAUAUUGCACUUGUGUUCCACAAACCUCCCCUCUCUUCCUGUUUAUAAGUAUAUUUUAUAUAUAUCAAGGCAUUUGUUCUUGACCUUUUUUCUUUCUUUUCUUGUGUGGGAUCGACAACCACUAGCACUUAACUAGAAGAGUUUUUUUAAAAAAAAUUUGUUGUUAUUCUGAUCUAUAGUUCUGUCUGAAAAGUACUUUGCAAAUCGUUUAUAAGGGAAGUAGUUUCUUUGUGAGUGUAUAUAUGUGCGUGUGUGUAUACAUGCAUGUGUGUGGGAGUGAGCGUGGGUGUGUAUGUGUGUGGUAUAUUUUUAGGAAAGGACAUUUUUUCCUAAAAAAAAAAAGAAAAAAAAAAGAAAGUAAAGUAAAUCCAGGACUGCUUUCCUUUGUGAGAACCAAAAAAAAUCUAUAACCUGAAAAUGUUUCAUGUUCUUUGCUGUGAAUCUCUUAAAACAAGAAGCGCAUUCUAGGGACAAAAGA